AUGUUGACAGCGGUGCAAAAACACCUGCGUGCAAUUGACACACGCUUGCCAAAGGCUGGUCCGAAGGAAGAGGCGACGCAGGAAGUGGAGGUAGUCGGGUUGACGCAUAAGCGAAUUACCGGGACCACCACGUAG